UUACACAACAGCCCAAAACUUAUAUUAGUGUAUCUGUCUGUCUGUCUGUCUGUCUAGGGUUUUCUUUGUUCUUACUACACCAGUGUUAGUGUUGUUCGCAGCUCUUCUUCGCAUCGUAGUAGUACACUUCGCACCUCUUCUUCUCUAUCGAAGAUGAGUAAGCUUCAGAGUGAUGCUGUGAGAGAAGCUAUUACAGGAAUCAUGGGUGAUUCCAAAGAAAAAAACCGUAAAUUUGUGGAGACUAUUGAACUCCAGAUUGGUUUGAAAAACUAUGAUCCUCAAAAGGAUAAGCGUUUCAGUGGUUCUGUUAAAUUGCCUCACAUUCCGAGACCAAAGAUGAAAAUUUGCAUGCUUGGUGAUGCCCAACAUGUUGAGGAGGCUGAGAAAAUAGGAUUGGAAUCGAUGGAUGUUGAAGCUUUGAAGAAGCUAAACAAAAAUAAGAAACUGGUGAAGAAAUUAGCAAAGAAGUACCAUGCCUUUUUAGCUUCUGAAGCUGUUAUCAAGCAGAUUCCUCGUCUUUUGGGUCCUGGUCUCAACAAGGCAGGUAAGUUCCCUACACUUGUUUCCCACCAAGAAUCUCUUGAGGCCAAGGUUAAUGAGACUAAGGCUAUGGUCAAAUUCCAGCUUAAGAAAGUGUUGUGCAUGGGAGUAGCUGUUGGCAAUGUCAGUAUGGAUGAAAAGCAAAUAUUCCAAAAUGUACAACUCAGUGUUAACUUCCUUGUGUCCUUGUUGAAAAAGAACUGGCAAAAUGUUAGGUGCUUGUAUCUGAAGAGCUCCAUGGGCAAAUCUUACCGAGUCUUUUAAAGGCUUGAUUUUGAAUACAAUGAAUUUGGGAUUGUGCGUAAUAUUUUGUUAUUGUAAUAGCUGGGACAAGAAGAGUUUUUAUCAUCUUUCUACAAUUUUGUUGGUUGAGAUUUUGUUGUUACAAUUUUGUGUUCUUGAAUGUUGUUUAAUUGGUUACAAACGUUGGAUAAUUAUAGGGGAGCUAAUUUUAAUCCCCGGGUUUUACAUC